AUGAUACGCCGCAAAGUCACCGUCGAUGGCAUGUCAGGCAGCGGGAAAACACGCCUGAUCACAGCCCUCGCCGAAUGCGCAACGGCCCACUACCACGGCGAAAUCAAACCUCGCGAAGACUCCGGUGGCUACCCAAACCCUUUCACGCACAUUGAACUCCAAAGUCCCGAGACGCGAUCGAUCCACUUUUGGGAAGUUUCGUAUUCAACGUAUGAAAGGCUCACCGUACUCGCGUAUCCGAAGACACACCUUGUUCUAUUUUGCUUCGCCCUGGAUUCCUUCGAUGAUUCCAGUGUUGUAUGGGAUGUUGAGGAAAAAGUGGAUUAUCUGACUUCUCAGGAGUCACACAAGCCAAAAGACGCUCCGCUCGUUCUAGUUGGGUGUCGAAAUGACCUGCGAAAGCAACGGGAGGCUGCGAAGGAUACGAAAACCUUUACGCAGGCCUCUCAAGAGCUCAGGCGCUUUGCAAGGAAGAAGCAUCUGGAGUACUUUGAAUGUUCUGCGGAAUGUCAAGAGAAUCUUGCGGAGCUUCUUCAGGAAGUCAUCAGGAUUCUUUUCCUCGAACAGAAAGGCUUCACUCGAAGGGACCGAAAGACUGGAUUUUCUAAAUGUGUCGUGCUCUAA